CAGAACUGUAUGAAGUGUAUCGUUAUAUUUUCAUCAAUCACUCUAAGAUGACCGUGAUUACUGAAUUACCAAUAUAUUAUUUCCCAUACUAACUGGUAGUACAGCAGCAGCCAAUGCUUUAUUUCAAUUUUAUGAUUUUUAUCCGCAUGUAUUCAACUGUUUUAUAGUAUUCAGUGUAUUCUGAUAUUUUUUAGUAAAAUAAAAUUUGAAUACUGUAUAAGAAUGUGUGGAAGAACAGCUUGCACAUUGAAUCCUCAUGAAAUAUCAAAGUCAACCCGAUAUGUAAAUUCAAAUGGAAAACAGGUCGAUCCAAAAUGGCGGAAAGGUGACGAGGACAAAUAUAGACCGAGCUAUAACAAAGCACCAAUGUCAUUUUGUCCUGUUUUAAUACAUUCAGAUCAUCUUAAGAAAAAAAUGACUAAAAAAGAUGAUGAUUCAGAUGAACAAGGUCAUGAAGGAGUGAUUACCUUGAUGAAGUGGGGUCUGGUGCCUCUGUGGGUAAAAGAUCCAAAGCAAGCUCAAUAUAAAAUGAACAAUGCAAGAAGUGAUACAAUGCUAUCUAAAGCUUCUUAUAAAAAGCCACUAGAAAAAGGGCAGAGAUGUGUUGUUUUGGCAGAUGGAUUUUAUGAGUGGAACACAACAAAAACAGAGAAACAACCAUAUUUUAUUUAUUUCAAAAAUAAGGAUGAUUAUAAAGUAAAAUCAGAGAUCAAACAAGAGAAUAACGAUAGCAAGUAUGACCUUGAAGAAAAAAAUAAUAAUGUUGAUGCCGAUCUCAAAGAAUCAAAUGAUCUCCAACCUGAAACAAAGGAUAAGGAAGAAGGUAGCAACAAAAUAAACUGCCAAAUCAUUAGAAUGGCUGGCAUAUUUGAACGUCGAAAAUCAGAAAAUGAUGAAGAAGAUGAAUUGUUUACUUUUUCUGUCAUAACUGUCGACUCACACCCCGCAUUUGGUUGGUUACAUCACAGGAUGCCAGCAAUGUUAGAAAAUGAUGAUCAGGUUCGAAGAUGGCUUGACUAUGGUAAUGUACCAUUGAAAGAAGCAAUAGAUCUUAUUGCACCUAAAGACUGCUUGGAAUGGCAUCCAGUAUCUAAAUUAGUCAAUAAUUCCAGGAAUAAUUCACCAGAGUGUAUGGUAAAAAUUGACCUCACCAAACCUGAAGUUAAAAAAUUAUCCAAUGAAAGUAAGAGAAUGGCCAAAUGGCUUUCAGGAUCAAUAACCAAAGUUAAGAAAGAAUCUGAAACACCCAUUAGUGAAGAUGAAAGUCAGACAAAUGAGAACAUUGUUAAUAAUAGUAGCAAUGAUGAUGUCAUACUAAAGAAAGAAAAUGUACCAUUGAUAGCUCAAAUACUUGGUCGCCCAGAAAAGAAGUUACUCCACGAAAACAAGAAUUCAACCAGUCAUAAGUCCCCAAAAAAGGUGUGAAACGUCCAAGCAAUGGUUCUAUAAAUUUAAUGGACACAUGGCUGAAAAAGGCAAAAAGGAUUGAAUAGAUAUGGGUGAACUGUUUCUGUUUUUUGUUAUGUUGACCACAAGUUUAUCAUUGUAAUUUACAUACAUUCAUAUUACAUUAUCAUCACAUGGUAAAUUAAUUUUUUGUUCCAUUGUCGAUUACCUUAAGUUUGUUGAGAAUAGCACAUUCUACU